AUGGGAUUUUUCUGGGCUGGGGAUCAAGAGGAUCCCAGUCCCCACUGUGUCCUGUGCUAUGAUAUCUUGUCCAACGAGGCGAUGAAGCCUGCCAAACUGAAACGCCACUUCGAGUCAAAGCACAAGGACUGCAUCGACAAACCCUUAUCGUUUUUUGAGCGAAAGUGUGAAGAGCUUCAAUGUCACAUGAAAAAGGACAAGAAGCAAUUCUUUGUGCCCGGGGAAAAUGCCAAGGCCACAGAAGCCUCAUUUUUGGUCUCUGAGCUCAUAGCCAAAACGGGCCACCCUUACUCUAUUGGUCAAACACUAAUCAAACCAUCAGCGAAAUUAAUGAAUAGCGUAAUGCUGGGAGAGAAAGAAUGCGACGCCAUAGAAAAGGUUCCCCUCUCCGCUGACACUGUCCAGCGGCGCAUAGCAGUCAUGGCAGAAGAUGUGGAGAAACAGCUGAUUACACGAGUGCGCCAGAGUCCACUUUUUUCUCUACAAUUGGAUGAGUCCACGGACAUUGGCAACGAGGCGAAUCUGUUGUGUUACAUCAGAUACAUCUGUGAUGGGGCUGUACACGACGACUUCCUUUUUUGUGAAUCCCUGCAAACCAACACCACCGGAGAGGCGAUUUUUGAUUGUUUGAACGCCUUCGUUUGCAAGAAUGGCCUGGACUGGAAGAAGUGUGUCGGUAUUUGCACCGACGGUGCAACUGCGAUGACCGCAAAGCACAAAGGCCUGGCUGUGCGCGUACGCGCAGUAGCUCCAUUCGCAGCAGCAUCGCACUGCUGCAUUCACCGGGAACAACUGGCAGUGAAGAAAAUGCCUCAGUGUCUUAGAUCUGUCCUGGACGAGGCGGUCAAAAUCAUCAAUGGAAUAAAAGGCAAGGCACUGAAUACGCGCAUUUUUAAAGUUUUAUGCGAGGAGAUGGGGAGCGACCACACGAAACUCCUGUUCCAUACGGAGGUACGUUGGUUGUCCCGUGGAAAAGUUUUAACGCGUCUUUUUGAGCUGCGUGAGGAAGUGAGGUUGUUCAUGCACCAGAACGAGGAGCUCUACAACCAAAUGCAUGAGUUUCAAUGGCUGGCGAAGUUGGCAUACCUUGCUGACAUUUUCAGCUUCCUCAACACAUUGAACCUGGCGCUUCAAGGCGCAGCCGUCACCAUCUUCACUGUGCAGGACAAGAUCAAAGCUGCGCGCACGAAACUGCAGUUGUGGUGCACACGCCUGGAUCGAUCGGAGUUCGACAACUUUCCAACUUUGGCGGACUUCAUACUUACAGCUGAUGAGAUUGUGGACACAGACACCAUCACCGCUUUCAAAGAGCACCUGCGUGGCCUUCACUCGCAAUUGGAACGCUACUUCCCGGAGUUAGAGACGGACUUUGAGUGGAUCAGAAAUCCGUUCGGAGACGAAGCCCACAUCGAACGUAUCGGUUCGGCAUUGGCUGCCAGAGAGCUUGACAGCUUGGUCGACAUUGCCGUGGAUAGCACCCUAAAGAUGGCAUUCAGGCAAAAAACCCUCCCGGAUUUUUGGGUUCAUGUGCAGCCAGAGCAUCCCAAACUCGCCGAGUGCGCUCUGAAAACGCUCAUGCCAUUUGCAUCCACCUACAAGUGCGAGCUCUUCGCCAUCAUGAUCUUUGGGAGCGUGGCCAACAAGGACUAUCUUUUCGCUAUCGUCAUCUUCGGCAGCAUUGGCAACGAGGCCUAUCUCUUCGCCAUCGUCAUCUUCGGUAGCAUUGCCAACGAGGGCUACGUGAACCGGCCGGACGAGGUGGAGGAGUACUGCAUCUUCAACCGCAACCAGAACGCCUGCAACUACGCGGUGGGCAUGGGCACGCUGGCCUUCCUCUCCUGCCUGGCCUUCCUGGCCCUGGACGUCUACUUCCCCCAGAUCAGCAGCGUCAAGGACCGCAAGAAGGCCGUGCUGGCUGACGUCGGCGUCUCCGGUAAGAAAAUCACUUAA